AGGAGGGCGGCGCGUGGAGGGAGGUGAGCCGAGCUGAGCCGGGAGGCGAGGAGGGGGAACCGCGAGGAGGCCCCGCCCCCGCCUCGCGGAGCCGGCUCUCCGCCGCCUCCGAACCCGCUCACUUUGCCUCUCGCCUCUGGACGGCGGCGGGGCGGUUGCCCGAACCGCGGCCAGAGGGAGCGCCAGGGACCGUGAGCCAUCCCGCACCGGUGCCUCCGCCCGCCGCCCGCGCCCCUCACGGGGGGCACAGCGCCGCCGCUUUGAAAGGACACCCCGGCCUCGCAGGGGGGCACCCCCCCCCCCAGGCGCUGACAGUCUCAUUCCCAGCCAACGGGGCGCAGCGCUGACGCCUGAGGGGACUCCCCGGCCACCUGCAGGUACCGCCGCGCCGAGGGAGCGUCGCUAGCAGCAACGCCUGGCCGCGGAGGAGGCUAGAGCCGAGGGGUCUCCGGGUCGGCGAAGGGCAGGAGCGGAGCCCGCAGCGAGAGCCGGCCGGCCAGCCCGCGGGCCCCGACGGCGCGCUCCCCCGUCGGCCAACGGCAGGCAGGCCCCGCGCGGCGACCGGGGUGGGGGGGCGGCGGCGGCGGCCUCGGGCCUCGGGGCCUCGGGGCGGCCAGCCAUGACCUUCGGGCGCAGCGGGGCGGCCUCGGUGGUGCUGAACGUGGGCGGCGCCCGGUACUCGCUGUCCCGGGAGCUGCUGAAGGACUUCCCGCUGCGCCGCGUGAGCCGGCUGCACGGCUGCCGCUCUGAGCGCGACGUGCUGGAGGUGUGCGACGACUACGACCGCGAGCGCAACGAGUACUUCUUCGACCGGCACUCGGAGGCCUUCGGCUUCAUCCUGCUCUACGUGCGCGGCCACGGAAAGCUGCGCUUCGCGCCGCGGAUGUGCGAGCUCUCAUUUUACAACGAGAUGAUCUACUGGGGCCUGGAGGGCGCGCACCUAGAGUACUGCUGCCAGCGCCGCCUCGACGACCGCAUGUCCGACACCUACACCUUCUACUCGGCCGACGAGCCCGGCGCCCUGGGCCGCGACGAGGUGCGACCGGGCGGUGCCGAGGCGGCCCCCUCCAGGCGCUGGCUCGAGCGCAUGCGGCGGACCUUCGAGGAGCCCACGUCGUCUCUGGCCGCGCAGAUCCUGGCCAGCGUGUCGGUAGUGUUCGUGAUCGUGUCCAUGGUGGUGCUGUGCGCCAGCACACUGCCCGACUGGCGCGCCGCGGCGGCCGAUAACCGCAGCCUGGAUGACCGGAGCAGGUACUCCGCCGGCCCUGGGAGGGAGCCCUCCGGGAUAAUUGAAGCUAUCUGCAUAGGUUGGUUCACUGCAGAGUGCAUCGUGAGGUUCAUCGUCUCCAAAAACAAGUGUGAGUUUGUCAAGAGACCCCUGAACAUCAUUGAUUUACUGGCAAUCACUCCGUAUUACAUCUCCGUGUUAAUGACAGUAUUUACGGGCGAGAACUCUCAACUCCAGAGGGCUGGAGUCACCUUGAGGGUGCUUAGAAUGAUGAGGAUUUUUUGGGUGAUUAAGCUUGCCCGUCACUUCAUUGGUCUCCAGACACUUGGUUUGACUCUCAAACGAUGUUAUCGAGAGAUGGUUAUGUUACUUGUCUUCAUUUGUGUUGCCAUGGCAAUCUUUAGUGCACUUUCUCAGCUUCUUGAACAUGGGUUGGACCUGGAAACAUCCAACAAGGACUUCGCCAGCAUCCCUGCUGCCUGCUGGUGGGUGAUUAUCUCUAUGACUACAGUUGGCUAUGGAGAUAUGUAUCCUAUCACCAUGCCCGGAAGAAUUCUUGGAGGAGUUUGUGUUGUCAGUGGGAUUGUUCUCUUGGCAUUACCUAUCACUUUUAUCUACCAUAGCUUCGUGCAGUGUUACCAUGAGCUCAAGUUUAGAUCAGCUAGAUAUAGUAGAAGCCUCUCUGCUGAGUUCCUAAAUUAAUGCAUUGCAAAUCAAUUCUUGCACACACUUCGUUUGAUAGAAAGAGUUGACUCUCCUUCCUAGUCAUCACGUGCUUCUUGCUGGGUGAGUGCUGCAGUGGUACUACCAUCCUGUUGGUAGGGUAAAAAUUACCCUUCCCAGCUGAAGGGAUGAAAAAAUGUACUUAUAAUGGAGUAAGUAGGAUUGAGACCGUGAAGGGAAAACAAUGACUCCUAGAAUAAAUUUUAGGACCUUAUUUUAUUUAUGCCUGUCUUCUUCUUGCCUUGAACAAUUACACUUUCUGUGUUUGUUUUAAAGUAUAGUAUUUGAACGUUUUAAAGCCAAAAGGUACCAUUUUCCAAAUGUUUUCCCAUCUUAUGAAAUUCAGAAGAAGCUUGGAAGUUACAGUGUUUUUUUUUGUUGGAGAGUAACAUUUUUAUUUCUAAAUGUUUUAUAAUCUCUCAUAUCAAUGUCAGAAGUAUCCUGGAAACAUAUGUCACAUGCAGGAACUGUUUAACAAAUACUUUAAAAAUUUGGCCAAAUUUUAAACUGUAUAAUGGAGCUAGAUAUGAGCAAGGAUAGUAUUUGAAAAACUUUCCUAGCAUAUUUCUCAAUUCCCUGAUUUGUUUUUGUUUCUAUUAUUCACCUUAUCAUACAGCUUUACGGAAGCUUGAGCAUGUUUUCUUUUUUCCAUUUUGGAUUCCUUUUAUCUUUUUACUGAAGUGACUCAACAGAGUAUUUCAGAAUGAGGGGAGCUUGUAUUGUUUUAGCAUUUUAUUGGAGUUCAUUUUACUUGAAUUCAUUCACUGCUGUUACUAGGUGAUAAUUGUCCUAACAUUCAGAUGUCCAAACAAGAAUAUUUCCAACAUAGGAAUGAUAAUAGAAAUAGUUUGAUAUUACAACCCAUAUUUAUCUACUUCUGCUCUUAAUUUUUUUCCGUGGGUUUAAUAAGACUUAGCAGAUGAAAGGAUGUUUAUGUAGCCUUUUUAUACCAAAGUCAUAUUUAGAUGUUGUCACGGGAUUAUCAUAAAAAGAGAAAUUAAAUAUUUCCUUACUCUUGGUUGCUAUGUAGCUAAGCCAGUUUUAAGCCAGCUAAAAGCAGUGAAUACAUAAUUGUUUGAUCUGAGCUUCACCAUGUUGAAUUGCAGCUACACCAAAACUUCUUGUAACAAUAUUGAAUAAUAUGCCACAUUAACCUGGGUAGAUUAUUAGGAUUAGAUAAUAUAAAACUGUUGACUGUUUAGUGCUAAAAUUUAGCAAUAUGAAUUAAGAUUUUGCUUUGUUAACCAGUUGCCGUAAAGAAGUUAAUAUAUAAACACAAAAAAUUAAAGUCAUAGAUUCACAAAUAAUUUAAUGUUAUAGACUGCAAUUUAGUGGGAGUGGAGAGGGUGGGUGGAGAGGAGAUGGGGCCUGGAUAUAUUUAUUACAGAACAGAAGUGUUCAUUAAAAGACUAUUAGCUAUCAUCUAGUUCAAACGUCAACUAGCACAAGUAGACAACCAGGGCAAGAGAGGAUAUGACUGUGGAGGAAUGAGGGCCCAAACCUGGAUGUCUAAAAACCUACUUAGCCCAGCAGCUUAUUCUUAACACAUGUUUAGGGUUUGAGAAAAGCCUCAAGAAGCCACACUUCUUUGCCAUUGCCGUUGCUGGGGUAAUAAUAGCAAAACCAUUCCUUUUCCCUAAUUUCUGAGUUUAUGUGACAUUUUGGCCAUGAAGAGAAUCUCACCCCAUCUUUUUUACCAUUGCACACCGGUAUGCUGCUUAUUAUAUACUCAAAAUAAAUUCUGUUAUUUAUUGUCUACUUAUUGUAUUUUAAUAUAUUUGAAAUAAAUGGCAUGGAUUUAUUUUUUCUUACCUAUUUUGAUUAAGGCCUUGUGGUUCGUGCGAAUAAUAUGCAGAUGAAAGCAUCCCCAUAUUACUAAUAAAAAUAUGGCAGCCAUCCAUUUUGCUGGCACUGGGAAGCCUUCAUGGAAGUAUGUCUUAUGUCCCCAAAUAAAUUAUAAUUAUCUUGAGGGCUGGGGCCCUCUUUCCUGCACACACCUUCAUAGCCCCACAGCGUCUGUGACAGAUUUGGGCACAUGCUAUCAUUGACUGAUUUGGGGGGAGAGAUUUCUGUGUGAAGAGGCAAGGAGAAGCCCACACCCACAAGUGCACAUGUAGAGCCGCAUGUGUGAACACACACACAGACUUUGAGGCUGCCCUUAAGGAACAAGAAAUCUCCUGUUGGUGGUGACAGACCAAGGACGUCUAAUGCCUAAUCCAGCUACCCAUUUACUAAGAAUGGUGAUAAGAAAUUAUAGAAUACUUCAUGAGUUAAGAGACUAUAUCAUGGACAUUGUAAUUUUUGAGGAACAGAGUCGUUUUUCUUGAAACUUUUCCCUGAAUGUUACUGCUUUUAAAAAAGCCAUUCAGUAGGACGAUUUUUUAGUUGUGCACUUGGACGUUUCUCAUAACUCCCAUCGUCACAGCACAGAUACUUUCAUUAGGAUCUGUGUUAAUACCAGUAAGUCAGAUGUUAUCCUAAAUUAUUAGAAUGCUCAGUGAGGAAGGAGGAAACCUGAAUGUUGGUUCUGGUUUUACCACAUGUGAGAUUGUAACUUAAUCUUAGGUAUAUCUUGUUUUGUAUCCUCUAAAAUGGUGGGUUUUUUUCCAGAUUAAAGAUACAAAUUACAGAAUGCCUUUAAAAGCGAACAUACUCUUAACAAUCCAAGGCCUUAUUUAUCUUUUUCUUUUAUGGCUCUUUUGUACUGUGGGUUGCUGGUUGAAACUGGCAUUUGCAUUUGCUUGGCUCUUGGUUUUCGCAGUUACUUGUCACCACACAUUUGUAAGUUCUUCCUUUCUUAAAAAAUGUAGAAAUACGUUCUUUCACAGUGGCUGUCAGUAAGUCAAAGUAGUAUUCUGUUUUUAAGUUUUGGUCCAGAUGUCUUCCUUAGGUCUCCUGUGACCUGGGAGGUGGGGAAGAUGGGGUUACAUUGGAUAUUGGUGUUGGAAGGAUUUCCUUUGUUGGCUUGAUAUUUUCUAAAAGCAGCUUAUUUUUCCUCUUUGUUAUAGAAAUGAAAAAUAAAAAACUGAAACCUCCUACCUGUGCUUCACUAUUAAGCUUCUGUAACCCCAAACUUCAUACAUAGCUUCACAAAACAUUUCCAGAGCUCUCUGAUCCUACAUAAAUGUACAUUCACUUAUAGUAUGCAACAGACAGUCCAAACAAAUAUGGUGUAAAUAUUUCAUAGCGUGACAGUAAAUUAGAACUAAAGGGCCCUAGGGGUCAGUUAAGCAUCCGACUUCAGCUCAGGUCAUGAUCUCAUGGUUCGUGGGUUUGAGCCCCACAUCAGGCUCUGUGCUGACAGCUCAGAGCCUGGAGCCUGCUUCGGAUUCUGAGUCUCCGUCUCUCUCUGCCCCUCCCCCGCUCAUGCUCUGUCUCUCUCUCUCAAAAAUAAAUAAACAUUAAAAAACAAAAAGAACCAAAGAGCCCUAGAGACCUUCUGGUCUACCAUGUCCCCUUCCUUUGCCCUUUAUCUUGUCCAAAUGUCAGCGGCCAAGGAACUGUGCUCCCAGUGGCUUAUGAGUUAGCUGUCAUCCUGAUUUACCUGGGACUUUCUUCGUUUUACCACUGAAGGUCCCCCCAUCCGGGGAGAUCCUUUCAUCUCAGGAGAGAUGGUCACCUGGGAGAGUUGGUCACCCUAGUACAGGUCAGGCCCCCGAAACCUGAUUUUCAGAUUUUUAGUUCAGUAGUCUUUGGACAUACUUCUAUUUUAUAACAUGAGAAAGCAUGAAGGAUUUCUUUUUAAAUAUUUUCUUUGGGGCCUUGGAGCCCCUUCUUAUAGGUCAAAUAAAGAGCAAAUGUUGCUUGUAGACACCCUAGAUGUCAGGAAGGAUGGCUUGGGACAAGUGUAUAGGGAACUCAGACUUUCAGUAGAGUUUUUAAGUUUAUUUAUUUAUUUUGAGAGAGAGCGAGCACUGGCGUGCAGGGGAGGGGCAGAGCCCCUCACAGACUGAGCCACCCAGGCGCCCUCCAGUAAGUACUUAAAGUUUGGGCCAUUAGUGUCAAUUUAAUUGUCAGUUUAUUGUUUUAGUGAAUUGAACUUGAUAAUCUGCAUUUAUGCUAUAAUUUAAGCAAAUUAAUUAAAGUAGCUUUGGUGAGAAUCCUUUGAUUUAACACUAUACCAAGCAUAGUGAAAACAUAAAUGACAUUUAGUGAAUGAAAGCCUGAAGGAAUAAAUAUUUGGAUUUCACCUACCAGAACUAAGUAAUGCGAUGUCAUUUAUAUCUGAAGAAGUGAUCUUGCUUUAUUUAUGCAACAUUGUAUUAACACUGAAACUAAAAUUUCACAGUUUUGUAUUAGGUAGUUUCCCCUCCCCUUAGACUUUAAUUAUUUCAUUUUUUUUAAAGUUUAUUUAUUUUGAGAGGGGCAGAGAGAGAAAGAGAGCGCCUGAGAGCAGGGGCGGGCAGAGAGAGGGGGACCGAAGAUCUGAAGCGAACUUCGCACUGAUCGCAGAGAACCUGGUGUGGGCUUGAACUCAGGAACCAAGACAUUGUGACCUGAGUCGAAGUGGGAUGCUUGACCGACUGAGCCACCCGGGCGCCCCAAGUUACUCAUCUUUCUGUGCACCUGGUGACUGCAGGCCUGAUAAAGUCCAUGGAGGUAAGAAAGAAGAUGAACAUCUUUUCAUUGUUAGCAAUCUAAACCUAGAUUAAAAACCAUUUUGACACGUCAAGAUUUUUAUGGGAAAAAUUAAUGUGUGUGUGGGGGGGGGUAGCAUUCACUGCUAAAGAUAGCAAGUGGUUGAAUAGAUUAAAUAUGUAUUGGUUUUAACCAUUAUUUCUUAUUGACCUUAUUCUCAAUGGGAAUAGUGAUUCAAAUGUUUGUAUGGCCAGUUCUAUUACUUCCACUGUGUAUUCAUGACUAGUGCUAAUUGUCAUUAUUAUUGGCCAUUGCAUAAAUCAUGGAGGAAUCAGAUGUACUGUAUCAAACAAGAGGGAAGGUAAUUUGGAUAGUAAAGACUGUAUUAUAUAUAGUUUUGGAUUUCAGGUAAUCAUUUUAUUAUUUGGUAGCUCUCUUAGGAAUGAUGGUUUAAAUGGACAUAGUUUCUAUCUAAUAAAACGAUUGCUAAAAUCAGCUCAAUUUAUGUGGCACAAUUUUGUUGUUUUCUACUUUAAUAUGGGAUUAGUAAAAUGUGCAACCAUAUGGGUCAUAGCUUUUCUUACUCGGCUGUGCAACUUAUGUAUUUAUGUUAGAUCUUUAAGAGUACCUGAAAUGUGCAUCAAAUAUUUAAUUAAUUAAUGGUUGAAGCUUUUUAGCAUCUUUAAUCCUUAAGGAAGUAUUUUAUAAAAAAAAAUUAGCUUUGUUACGAUAUCAUUAUGUUGUAUGUACAUCUGAAAAUAAUCUGUACAGCCUGAACAUUGAAAUAGUUAAUAAAUUUUGACUUUGAGAACCA